AAACAAUUUUGAGCAUUAAAUUCAUAAUCGUCUUACUUUAUUUAUAAUAUUUAAAAUAAAAGGAUCAGUAUAAUUGCUAUUUCAAAAAUGACUGAGGUCGACUAUCGAUAUAUAGCGUUUGAAAAUGAUCAUACAUAUUUGAAAACUACCAAUAACAGCGAUGAAAAUUGUCAAUUGCUGCAGAACAGCAUUUCUAUAGUUGAAACCAAACAUGAUGCAACUAUUUCAUCAAAAACUCGACAGACUAGAAAACAACAAAAUAAAUUUGUUAUAAAUAAAACUACACAAUGUGAGAUCAAUUCAGAUAUACAGAAUUCAAAUGUAUUUUUUCUUCAUGAUACUUUAAAUUUUCCAUUAUCUGCAGACUUUAAAAUAUCAAAAAAUAAAUUACCUAUUCAAAAAAUUGCUCUUGGUAACAAUUCAAGUAUAAGACCUAUUCAACCAAAACCACUAACAAAUACUUCAAAUAUUGUUCCUGUUACACAAACACAAUCAAGUGAAAAACUUAUUUCAUCUCAAAUUAAUCUUUUAAAUACAAAUUUAGAAAAUAUAACAUCAAAAAACACAUCUGUGAAACCUAUGUUGCCCAUUAAAUCACAGUUAAAACCUUUUAUUAAACCUAUUAAGUCAAUUAAAAACAAAAUUGUUUAUGAUUAUAAAAACAAUACUUGCACUAUUGAAUUAGCUACUAAUUUAUGUCAGCGUUUAUUGAAUGGAGAAAAUAUAUUCAUGUGUAGAAAAUGUGAUAAAAUUUACACAGAACAUAAAGAUUUGUUAGAUCACUAUAUGAUUCACGAUAAAUGUAAAACAAACCUAAUAGUUCAAGAAAAAGAUAAAAGAGAGACCACUCCAAUUGAUAUUGUAAAGAAAGAAAAUAAAGAUGUUGAUAAAAAAAUUAUCAAUAAUGAUAAAAAUAUUUCCAAACCAACUAUACAAGUUAUUAAAUCUCCAUUAAACCCUAAAAAAAAUAAAGUUAUUUUUCAAGGAGAGUGCAUUAUGUGUCAUUCAGUUUUUCCAGAUCUUGGAGAACAUAUAAAAACUGUUCACCAUAAUGACCUGUCUAGAAAUAAAGUUAAUAUUCAUCGUUGUACAAUUUGUGGUAUGGAGUUUGAUAUUAAGCAGCAACUACGGGCUCAUGAGUUGUCUGCGCAUAAAUCUGCUUAUACACAUACUUGUGAACAUUGUUUUAAAUACUUCUUAUGUAAGGAAGAUUUGGAUACACACGUUGAAUCUCAUUAUGGUGACAUUAUGAAGUAUUUAUGUCCAUAUUGUGAUGCUGGUUUUCCUAAUUCAAAUGGAUUAAGAACUCAUCUCAUUAAUCAUAUUGGUUUUGAUAGUUCUGAAUACUCAACUUCAGAAACAUCAGUUUAUCAAAUUGAAUAUAGUCCUACAAGACCACCAGAACAAUUUGAUCACUUGUUUUCUGAAUUAGAUAAUGUUUCGGAUAACGUUGACGAUGUUUAUAUAGAACAAGUUGAUGAUAAUAAUUAUCAAGUCAGUUUUGUAAAGGACAAUGAAGACAAUGCAUCAUCACAAAUAAACUUACUCAUUGACGAUGGUCAUGAAAUUGAUUCAGAACUAAAUAAUAUACCUUUAGAAGAUAAUAACAAAGUUAUCAAUGAACAACAAACAUCAUUAUUAAAUAAAAAACGAAUAAGUUAUACAGUGUGUAGAAUAUGCAUGAAUAUUGUAAGUUAUUCAAGAAUUGGUAGGCAUAUGAAGAAAAAACAUAAUAAUGCUGCUCCUUACCAGUGUGAGAUUUGUCACGCUGAGUUUAAUCGAAAGCACAUCAUGGAUGACCAUAGAAGAAAACAUACAAAUAAUAAACCUCACAAGUGCACAGAAUGUUCUAAAUGUUUUACCUAUAAGCAUCAUCUAAAUAGGCAUAUGAUGAUAGUUCAUAAUUCUGAUACAUUAGAAAAAGUAUUCAAAUGUUCUGUAUGCGAUAAAGCAUUUUCAUUUAAGGAGUAUUUAACGCUACAUGUUAAUAGCCGCCAUAAGGGUAAACAUUAUAUGUGCCAAGUUUGUGGCAAAAGUUUUUCUACCAAUGCUGCACUGAAUAAACACCAGUUAUGCCAUACAGACGAACGACCAUUUAUGUGUGAACAUUGUGGACGAACUUUCAAAUGUAAAACUCACUGUGACACACAUAAAAAAAAUAUGCAUCCUGGAGAUCAUGAAUUAACACAACCACCAGAAAAAUUUGAAUGUGAACUUUGUAAAAAACUAUUUAGUACAAAAGUAUACCGUGAUAUGCACCUUAAGAGACACAAUGGUCAAGGUCAUCAAUGUGAGAUAUGUUAUAAACUAUUUGUUUCCAAAGCACAUAUGCAAAGGCAUAUUAAAAUAAUGCAUCGAAAUACGUCAUAAUAAAUACUGAAUAGAUAUUUACU